AAACUUGUUUUUGUUGUUGUUGUUGUUAUUCAAGCUGUGGGCCUAAGCUUGGAAAAUGAAUACACUUCCCAAAGCAAUAAUUGCACAUAUUUAAGAGAGCAAUGCUUACAUGACACAAAUGGAUGUAAGCAUGCUUGGAGAGUAAUGGAAGAUGCCUGCAGUGAUUCAGAUCCAGGUGACAUCUGCAAGAUGAGGAAUUCAUCAUACUGUAACCUGAGUAUCCGGUACUUAGUGGAAAGCAAUUUCCAAUUUAAAGAGUGUCUCUGCACUGAUGAUUUCUCUUGUACUGUGAACAAACUGCUUGGAAAAAAAUGUAUCAAUAAAUCAGAUAACAUGAAAGAGGAUAAAUUCAAAUGGAAUCUAACUACACCUUCCCAUCAUGAAUUCAAAAGGAUGUGGUCCUGUUUGGAAGUGGCAGAGGCAUGUGUAGGGGAUGUGGUCUGUAAUGCACAGUUGGCCUCUUACCUUAAAGCUUGCUCAGCAAAUGGAAAUCCGUGUGAUGUGAAACAUUGCCAAGCAGCCAUACGGUUCUUCUAUCAAAAUAUACCUUUUAACAUUGCCCAGAUGUUGGCUUUUUGUGACUGUACUCAGUCUGAUAUACCUUGUCAGCAGUCCAAAGAAGCUCUUCACAGCAAGCCAUGUGCAAUGAACAUGGUUUCACCCCCUACUUGCCUCAGUGUAAUCCACAGCUGCCAAAAUGAUGAAUUAUGCAGGAGGCACUAUAGAACAUUUCAGUCAAAAUGCUGGCCGCGUGUGACUAGAAAGUGCCAUGAAGAUGAGAAUUGCAUUAGUGCCUUAAGCAAACAGGACCUCACUUGUUCAGGAAAUGAUGACUGCAAAGCUGCUUACAUAGAUAUCCUUGGGACGAUCCUUCAAGUGCAAUGUACCUGUAGGACCAUUACACCAAGUGAGGAAUCUUUGUGCAAGAUUUUCCAGCACAUGCUUCAUAGAAAAUCAUGUUUCAAUUAUCCAACCCUGUCUAAUGUCAAAGGCAUGGCACUGUAUACAAGAAAACAUGCAAAGAAAAUCACUUUAACUGGAUUUCAUUCCCCCUUCAAUGGAGAAGUAAUCUAUGCUGCCAUGUGCAUGACAGUCACCUGUGGAGUCCUUCUCUUGGUUAUGGUCAAGCUUAGAACUUCCAAGAUAUCAAAUAAAACAAGAGAUCCUUCACCGAUCCAAAUACCUGGAGAACUCUAAUUCAUUAGGAGUCAUGGACCCAUAACAAUCAUUUUCUUUUUCUUUUAUGUUUUUGGUUGUGGGGAGUUUCACCCUUGUUGCCCAGGCUGGAGUGCAGUGGUGUGAUCUCGGCUCACUGCAACCUCUGCCUCCCUGGUUCAAGAAAUUCUCCUGCCUCAGCUUCCGGAGUAGCUAAGAUUACAAGUGCCAGCCACUAUGCCCAGCUAAUUUUUUUGUAUAUUUAGUAAAAAUGGCAUUUUGCUAUAUUGGCCAGGCUGGCCUUGAACUCCUGACAUCCGGUAAUCUGCCCAUCUCAGCCUCCCGAAGUGCUGGGAUUACAGGCAUGAGCAACUGAGCCCAGCCAACAAUCAGUUUCUUUAAAGCAAGUCCAGCAGCUGAGCAACACACUAUUCCAUCUAUCAUCGAGAAGGCAAAUGAUAAAACAUUAGUUUAAAAUAUUUUGGUUUAUUGAGAUCAUUGGUUUCUUAAAAUGAAAAUAUUGGUUUUAAUUUUUAAUAUUGGUUUAUUAAGUAUAAUAUGGUAUGGUGAUGUUACUUUUUUCUUAAUACUCAAGAAAAAAUAUACAGAGGUAUCUUUUACAACACUGGAAUAGAAAUAAAGUUACCCUUGAAGGCAAAAAAUGUUAU